AUGGCACACAACGUGCAUAGGAUGUCAUCACUCUUAGGCGGUGCACUUUUCAUAGCCGAUGAUGUCUUCCCCGGAACUCCAGUCCUUCAUGCUGGCUGGCAUGUCGCAUUUGCGAAAAGAGCAAUCCAAGAUCCAGACUUGAGGAUGGCGCACAACGUGCAUAGGAUGUCAUCACUCUUAGGCGGUGCACUUUUCAUAGCCGAUGAUGUCUUCCCCGGAACUCCAGUCCUUCAUGCUGGCUGGCAUGUUGCUGCUGCUGUUGGAGUUAGCACCUGUAACAAGGUUCUAGAGUAG